ACCGGAUACACUUGGACCGAGACUAUUUUCUACACACUAUCAAGAAUGGUGUCACUGUUGAAGGAAGCCCGACGAUUAUUCCUAAAUAUCAAUUUGAAUUUAAGGAAAAUUGAUAUAUAUCGCAAGCGCAGAUUUUCAGCAUGUAGUCGCUACAUUGAAGAAGCUUUCGAACUAAGUAAAAACAAAGACAUUGGCUUGGUUCCAUAUCGCAUCAAAGGAUAUGUACUUGGAAAUAGAUUUUCAAAUGCUAUUGUAGACAUGGUACAGUAUUUGGAAGACACUGACGGUUGUGUAAGGGACCCUUCAUCAAUCAGUGAAAGGGAGAUGGAAAACGAAACAGUAUUUACCAGUUCUUUAAAAUUUAGUUCUUUAUAUAAAAAAGGAUUUGACAGUAUUCAACGAAAAAACACAAAUAACAGAAAUGAUCCUCAAUUUAUAAGUGAUGAAAUAAUGCAGUUUGCAAUUCAGUCUUUUAUCAGUGGAUUUUUAAUAAACAAAGAAUAUCAUGAACAAUGUCUUCGCUCUGUCCUUGAGACCAGUGAUGAGAGAAAAAUAAUCGUUCUUUUGGCAAACCAUUUACUUUCAAGACUGAUUGCUACCUCUCCAGGAAACACAUACUUCAUUACAGACGAUCAUUGGAAGCAAUAUGAAUUAUGUCCUUGUGAUUACCAGUGUGGUGACAAGAUUUGGUAUGGUAACUCAGGAAUAGGCACAGAAUUAUUAUGGUAUGGUAAACCAGACAUUAUGUUAUUUCCCCUUGGUGGAAACUGUAGUAUUGUAAUACCUAAAGACAAAAGUUUAGAAAAUUUAUCAGAAAAAGAAGAGCAGCAUACAGACGUUAAAAAAGAAUUAAAAUUAUUAAGGGAACAUUCAAAUGUAAGCCAGUUUGUGGCCCAAGCCAUUACAUUCUCUUUUUAUCAGAAACGAUUUCAACUCCUAAAACCUGAUUAUUACCAACCAAUAGUGACACUGAUACCGACCAUUGCAAUAAAUGAUAAGUGCUUCGAUGUUUAUAUGUAUGAUACAGAAAACGAUAUUCUCUUGAGGAAUGAUGGAGAUCCAAUUCCAUUGUGGAAUAAUUUACAUGAACCAUCUGAUGCUACAUUGGACAUGGGUUCAGUUCUUCAAUUGUGGAUGUUGAUAAAUCAUUUAGCGAUUCAACCAAUUCUUUCUCAAUCAGAGCUUGAAAAAUUUUCUGGGACAUGUGGAUUUUCAACAAGUUUAACGGAUGAUCAUUUGAACAAGAUUGAAAUGGAAGUUAAAAUGAGGAGCAAGUUUAUUGAUCAUAAUUAGCAAUCUUAGUAACUUUUAUUAUAUGGAUUUAGAUUUCAUAGGAAAGGAUAUAUAAGAGCCAAUAUUUGAAAUUGGAAAAAAUUGCAAAAUUUUUCAAACCUUAACAUUAGUUAAAAUGACGAAUGAAUGAUAUACAAUCUGUUCAUGUUAGACUAAAAUUUAGAUAAGAUAAGUUAGUUGUGAAGGCACUAUGACAGAAUAAACAUGUCCAAAUUUAAAAUUUUAUCCUGAAAUUUUGCAUAUAGCAUGUAUAGUUUUGGAGUCUAGGCUCUACUUUAAAAGAUUGAUCACAUAUAUUUAUUAUAACAACCAUUUCAACUAAAUGGCAAAAUUUCAAAAUGAAAAUAUUUUGGAAGUUUCCCAUUAAAUUCAAGCUAUUUAGGCAAAAAAAAAAAUUAAGUUAAAGACAGUAUAUUCAAGACUAAGUCACUUAUGUCUUGUAGGCCUUUGAAGGAUAUGAAGGAUAUUUGAUACAAUUACAACCGUUUUUGAUUUUUGUCGAGCCUGCGACUUUUGUCGCAGAAAGCUCGACAUAGUGAUAGUGAUCCGGCG